AUGACAAGCAUACAGGGGACUAAAGAGUCCUCCUCUACGCCUGAGCGCAAUAGUACCAACAAUCACGACAACAGGGAAACAAAUCCCGAACCCGAUACGGAUACACUUUCCCCAAGCUCGCACCCGCAACGGCGCCAAGACAGCAGCAGCGACACUCCAAUUCCAGAACGGGAAAAAGAUUCAAGCGAAGACACGACCAUCAACGCGACGAAAGAAUCCUCAUUCACGGAAAAGGAAAAUGAAAAGGACGGCGACGGCGAAGACGAGGGUACCACGUUUGCGCCCAUCAAAAGCAGCGACGAGAACCGUCUGCAGGCCAGUAGGUCUAUUGAGCGCAGUUGGUCGCUGAAUGAUGGGUAUAGCGUGCAUACGGGUGAUGAGCAGUCUGGGGAGAAAAUCGAUGAGGAAGCUGGGGUUACUGGGGGUGGAGAGGUGCCGGAGUUUGUGGUGGGCUGGGAUGAGAAUGAUCCGAUGAAUCCAAGGAAUAUGAACACGGGGAGACGGUGGUUGAUUGUGAUUAUUUGUUCGCUGGGGUCGCUUUGCGUGACUUGUACGUCGUCGAUGUACACUGUGACUUAUGAUCAGAUUAUGCAAGAGUUCGACUCGUCGCAUAUCGUGGUGACGCUGGGAUUGUCUUUCUUUAUCUGGGGUCUUGCGGUUGGGCCUCUUUUCUUGGGCCCUUUGUCGGAGUUCUAUGGCCGAAGAUAUAUCUAUAUCAUUUCCUUCACUUUCUUCCUGAUCUGGGUGAUCCCUUGUGCAGUGGCGCAGAACAUUCAAACCAUGAUAAUCUGUCGUUUCUUCAAUGGUAUCGCCGGUAGUGCAUUUCUCAGUGUCGCCGGUGGUACCGUUGGUGAUCUAUUCAAUCGUCACGAACUCAGUGCUCCCAUGAUGGUUUACACCAGUUCGCCGUUUAUUGGUCCUGAGGUUGGCCCUUUGGUUGGAGGAUUCAUCAAUGAAUAUACGACAUGGCGCUGGACUUUCUAUGUCCUUUUGAUCUGGUCAGGUUUCAUGCUGAUUUCCAUCAUCGUAUUUGUCCCGGAGACUUACCAUCCUGUGCUCCUAAGACGCAAGGCCCAGAAACUCCGCAAAGAAACCGGAGACGACCGAUGGCAUGCUCCCAUCGAGAAAUUGAAGCGUUCAGUAGCACAGACAGUCCUGCGAUCCUGCUACCGGCCUAUUCUUCUCCUCGUCCUUGAGCCUAUGUGCCUGAAUCUCUGCAUCUUCUCCGGCAUCCUGCUAGGUAUCUUGUACCUAUUCUUUGGAGCGUUCCAGUUGGUUUUUGGCAACGUGUAUGGCUUUUCGUUAUGGCAGCGUGGACUCUGUUUCCUUGGUCUUUUUGUGGGAAUGGUGUUUGCCAUUCUGUCGGAUCCGCUUUGGCGUCGGCUUUAUGCUCGUUUAGAAAAGCAUCAUGAGAAUGCUGUUAAAAAGGUGGAUGAUUUCCAACCUGAGUGGCGGCUUCCUCCAGCGAUUGCUGGUGGUCCUCUUGUCACCAUUGGCUUGUUCAUGUUCGCAUGGACAAUCUAUCCUUCUGUUCACUGGAUUGUCCCAAUUAUCGGCAGUGCGUUCUUCGGAGCGGGAACCAUCCUUGUGUACUCGGGCGUCUUCACGUUCCUGGUCGACGCAUAUCCAACCUAUGCCGCGAGUGCGCUGGCAGCGAACGGAUUUACUCGGUCGACUUUUGCCGGAGUGUUUCCUCUAUUCGGGACACAGAUGUAUAACAACCUAAAUUAUCACUGGGCGACGUCUUUGCUGGCGUUUUUGACGCUUCUUAUGACUCCGUUUCCCUUCUUAUUUUUCCGAUAUGGCGCUCGCAUUCGGAAGAAGAGCCGAUUCGCUACACGGUGA